UUUAAUUCAGUACUGUAUUUUGUGUGAACGGUGUCUUAUGUGCUGUGAGAAAAAAUAAUAUUGCGCCCUGGAUGUAAUUGAUAUGCCAAUAUUAGUAUUCCUCUUACUGUUCGGCUACGGCUGGGCUAGUCUACUCCCUAACGGUUGUCCUGCAGACUUCAGCAUCAAUCGCUUGCUGCCACAUGAGAUCGAAUGUGGCAAGUUCUACGCGUGCAGCAAUGGACAGCGAGUGCUUAUGCAGUGCCCCAGGGGCCUUUCUUUCGAUGAAAUAUUACAGAUUUGCAACUGGCCUCAAGACAUCGAUUCGACUACGCUGAGAACAACACCAUCGGAAACUACAACAACAAGAUUAACUACAACCACAACAAAUGCUACAACACCCAUAAAUACAACAGCACCAAUACCACCAGACACCUGUCCAAGCGAAUGGCAAGUGAAGUUGAAAGUACCUGAAGAUUCCGAUUGCGAUAAAUACUUCCACUGCAGCGAAGAUAUUAAACUGUUGCUCAAAUGCCCAAAAAAAAAUAUGAAAAACUUCUAUAUGAUGUUCUCCGCUUAUUAUACCAAAAACAGGAAAGGAGAUUUUUAAAUUAUUUUA